UGACACUUUUCUAAAGUUUUCUCAUUUUCCAGAAAAGGCAAUUAGGGAAAUUUCAUUACGAAGCGCCUAAAAGGGUUUCCUUUUCCGUGAAUCUUUCUCUUAGAGAUUGAGAUUAUGGAGGAAGCAGACUCCUCUUUACCUGCUUGUCCGACAGAGGACGCCAUUAGAGCUUUGUUAGAGAACUUAGUCGACCCUUUGCUUCCUCCCAAGCCUUCUCCAAGUGAUGUUCCUUCCAAGGCUCUCCGUGAAUCUGUGGCUAAACAGGUUCAUGCCGUUGUGCUGCUGUACAAUUACUACCACAGAAGAGAGCAUCCUCAUCUGGAACGCUUGCCUUUUGAGUCGUUGCGUAGCUUGACUACUGUUAUGAGGCCUGCUCUGCUGCCUCAUUUCAAGGAAUCUGGAGAAGAUGGAGUUUUGGAGAAGGUUAUUGUGGAUGCAUGCAGCUUAUCCAUGAGCUUGGAUGCGUCUUCAGAGAUUUCCACCUUGAAGAAGUGGCCCAUAAGGAAAGUUGCAGUCUUGUUAGUCGACUCAAAGAAGACUUGUUGUUAUCUGCAACAUAGUUCCAUCACACAAGGUGUGUGGUCACUACUUGAGAAAACUGCUGCUGCUGAAGGCCAUGAAGAGGCUAUCUUCCAAAAAGUUGCAUUUGCAGCUAUUGAGGAUGCCACAGGUAUUAAUCACAAAGACAUUGUGAUCUUGGAGAGGCAUUUAGUACACUCCUUGAGUGAAGAGAAGACAACGGCCAAGUUUUACAUAAUGAAGUGCACUUCAGAAGAUAAUUUUCCUGGAGAGUUCCCUGUUGAAGAAGCACUUAACUGCAUGCAGGGUCCUUUGUUUGAGAAGAGCUUCUCUGAAUGGUCUACCAAUGCCACAGUUGAAUACUUUCAUAUUCUUCCAUAUGCCAAUCUAAUAGCAGAUUGGUUUUCAAGGCGAGACGACGCUGAGUUUGUGAUAGAGAAAGAAGCAGAAGCUGUAUGUGAUGAGAUGGAAAGCAAUGGAAAGGCAGAUGAGUCUGAUGUUUGUCUGACAGAGGACGCCAUUAGAGCUUUGUUAGAGAACUUAGUCGACCCUUUGCUCCCACUCAGACCUUCUCCAACUGAUGUUCCUUCCAUGGCUCUCAGGGAAUCUGUGGCUAAACAGGUUCGUGCUGUUGUGGUCCUGUACAACUAUUACCACAGAAGAGAGCAUCCUCAUCUUGAAUGCUUGUCUUUUGAGUUUUUCCGUAGCUUGACUACGGUUGUGAAGCCUGCUCUGCUGCCUCAUUUUAAGGAAUCUGGAGAUGGAGUUGUAUUGCUGGAGAAGGUUAUUGUGGAUGCAUGCAGCUUAUCCAUGAGCUUAGAUGCGUCUUCAGAUUUUUCUAAGUGGCCCAUAAAGAAAGUUUCAGUCCUGUUAGUUAACUCAAAGAAAACUUGCUGUUAUCUUCAACACAGUUCCAUCACACAAGGUGUGUGGUCACUGCUUGAAAAAACCAUUGAGAGAGAGAAAGCUGCUGCUGAUGGAGGCCAGAGCGAAGAGGCCAUCUUUCAAAAAGUUGCAUUUGCAGCUAUUAAGGAGGCCACAGGUAUUAAUCACAAAGACAUUGUGAUAUUGGAGAGGCAUUUGGUACACUCCUUGAGUGAAGAGAAGACAACGGCCCAGUUUUACAUAAUGAAAUGUACCUCACAAGACAAAUUUUCUGGAGAGUUUCCUGUUGAAGAAGCACUUAAAUGCAUGCAAGGUCCUUUGUUUGAGAAGAGCUUCUCUGAAUGGUCUACCAAUUCCAUAGUGGAAUACUUUCAUGUUCUUCCUUAUGCCAAUCUAAUUGCAGACUGGUUUUCCAGGCGAGAAGACGCUGAGUUUGUGAUAGAGAAAGAAGUAGAAGCUGUGUGUGAUGAGAUCGAAAGCAAUGGAAAGGCAGAUGAGUCUGAUGUUUGUCCCACAGGGGACGCCAUUAGAGCUUUAUUAGAGAACUUAGUCGACCCUUUGCUUCCACCCAAACCUUCUCCAACUGAUGUUCCUUCCAAGGUUGUCCGUGAAGCAGUGGCUAAACAGGUUCAUGCUGUUGUGUUGCUGUACAAUUAUUACCACAGAAGAGAGCAUCCUCAUCUGGAACGCUUGUCUUUUGAGUCUUUCCGUAGCUUGACUACGGUUAUGAGGCCUGCUCUCUUGCCCCAUUUUAAGGAAUCUGGAGAAGGAGUUUUGGAACAAACUGUAUUGCUGGAGAAGGUUAUUGUGGAUGCAUGCAGCUUAUCCAUGAGCUUGGAUGCUUCUUCAGAUUUUUCCAGCUUGAAGAAGUGGCCCAUAAAGAAAGUUGCAGUCUUGUUAGUCGACUCAAAGAAGACUUGUUGUUAUCUGCAACAUAGUUCCAUCACACAAGGUGUGUGGUCACUACUUGAGAAAGCUGCUGCUGGUGAAGGUCAGAAUGAAGAGGCUAUCUUUCAAAAAGUUGCAUUUGCAGCUAUUAAGGAGGCCACAGGUAUUAAUCACAAAGAUGUUGUGAUCUUGGAGAGGCAUUUGGUACCCUCAUUGAGUAAAGAGAAGACAACGGCCAAGUUUUACAUAAUGAAGUGCACUUCACAAGACAAAUUUUCUGGAGAGUUCCCUGUGGAAGAAGCACUUAAAUGCAUGCGAGGUCCUUUAUUUGAGAAGAGCUUCUCUGUCUCUGAAUGGUCCACGAGUUUCGUUGUGGAAUACUUCCACCUUCUUCCAUAUGCCAGUCUAAUAACAGAUUGGUUCUCCCGGCGAGAAGACACUGAAUCUGUGAUAGAGAAAGAAGCAGAAGCUGUAUUUGAUGAGAAUGGAAAGCCAGAUGAGUCUGAUGCUUUCGACACUCCUGGAAGAGGAGGAGAUAAUGCUACUUCAAAAAGGAGUAAUGAUACUAAUGCUAGAAAAGAUGCUUCACGUAGCAGUCCUAAAGCUAGAAAAAAAGUUGCUCCCAGGUUCUAUUCUCGUAACUUGAGAGGAAGAACAGUUCCUGCAGUGGAACCCCAGGUUGAGACGGUAGUUGCGUUGAAGGCUAAUAAUAAUGCAGAUAAUGAAAUGAGCCCUUGUAAAGAUAAUGGAGAGAGAGGUGGUACGGAGGUUGGAUCUGGUUCAAAUUAUCAAAGGGAAAGAGAGAACCAGAGGAAGAAAGCUGUUACUGACAAACUCAAGAGCAUUCUUAAGCUUAAUAAUGCAUCUCCUGCUUCUGCUCAUGACUCUAACAUAAACCUUGAGGAGCUACAAACCACUCUUCUUUCUAGAGCAACAUCACUCUCUGAGACUGCGUUGAAAGUUCUUCAUUGCAAACGAGAUAAGCUGACUCUUCAGCAGCGAGACAUAGAAGACGAGAUUGCUGAAUGUGACAAACGCAUCAAGGACAUCAAAGGUAAUUGGGAGCUGCAGCUAGAAACAAUACUUGAGUGUUGUAAUGAGGCAUACCCGAGGCGUAACCUUCAAGAAUCUCAAAGCAACAAGAGAGUGAAGCUCUCUGAACCUCUUCCUUUUACCAAAAGUAUGUGUAAGAAACUCGAUGAUUUAUGUCUGGAGAAUAACUGGGUACUACCAACCUAUCGUGUGUCUUCAACAGAUGGUGGGUAUGAAGCUGAAGUAAGAAUAAAGGAGACUCACUUUGCGCAUACAAUCUGUGGAGAUGAAAAGUUUGAUGCUGAGGAAGCUAGGGAAUCUGCGGCGGCUUGCCUGCUACGUAGGUUACACUACAACACAAGACAACAGCCAUCAACAUCUCGUCAUGAUUGAGUGAGAUCCAAGAGAAACUCAGAGGACCAAACUAACUUCCAACAUGAGUAGAA